AUGUCCAAGGCAUCUCCAAUCUUUCCCCGUAUCUCCCUCCCCCUCACCACUACCACGCUUUCUGCUCUCCCCGCCUUACAAAGCCAAGCCGAUUUCCUCGACGAUGCUGGAGUAGCUCAGGCAAAUAGCAUUUCGUCUAUGACUGAUAGCCCUACCGUUGCGGCGUUCGCCAUUGCCGCAGGCCAAAGAUCUAUGCUAGGUGGUGACAAUGAUGCCGACGCUGAUGCGGACCUUGAUGACGACUUGUAUGGCGAGUCCGAGCAAGAGGCGUCGACAGGACCAGUACCACCCGCACCAACCACCACCUUUGAGGUAGAGCCCGAGAUGGACGACGAAUAUGCCAAAACUUUUGAUUCCCCCUUAAUGGGGAGAAUGAUGAAGAAGCAGGGAGUCGUGAUUCGGACAUGA